UAUGUGUCAGCCGUCAUUUCAAAUAUAUGUCACGUAUUAACAUAUGGGUCAGUUCUUUGUUCCGCAUUGAAAAUGAUUUGUUAUAGUAUUGUGUUUCUUAUUAUUUCAUAUUCGUUUAUCGAGCAAAUUCACAGCGUUUCAUCAGACAAUGUAGAUGACUCCGAAAAUGAUAAUAUCAACGUUGAAAAUCCAACUGUAGAAGAUUCUGCUGUACCGAUAGAAGGCAGCGUCAGUUUUGGUGGCCAGGCGAACGCAAGUGGAAGAGUUACUAUCCAGGGUACCACUGAACCCACUUCUGAAAUUCUUGGGGGGAAACCUUUGUCCGACGAUGGAUUAAUUCCAGAAGAAGAAGAAAUAGUACUUAUAAUUUAUGAUUCUCCAGGUCCUGCGUACCCAGCAUGGGACUAUGGAAUGCCGCCAUUUUACAUGCCACCCAUCGAUCAUGGGCACAUGGUUCCAACAUUCGCACCAAUACCAUAUGGUGGCCCAAUGUUUGGUCACGCUUCGGGUCCAAUGCCACAACCGCAUAUCAUCGAAAUAUUUGAUCCAGCAUUUUCUCCAAUGAUGUCGCAGCCCCAAUUUAUUGAAAUAUUUGAUCCAAUGACAGGACAACCGCAACUUAUUGAGAUAGUCGAACCAGGAUUUGGAAUGGAGCCAAUUUUCGAGCCAUUUUAUUCAGCUUAUGCACCUUUUGGGCCUCAGCAUUCAAAUAUAGACAUGAUUCCAGUAUUCCUGGAUUUUGAUAUGUCAAAUCCUAUGUUUGGUCAAGUGUUGGAAGAAUCAGGAUCAACCAUGGAUUAUAAGAACAAUAUGCCUACUAAGGAUGAUGCGCAUUUAGUGCCAGUGAGUGGAAAAGUAACUAUUCUAGGAAAGUUUUAAUUGUGUAAAUACACUGUUCUGUUAAUUAAAACAUAUUGUUGUUGAUGUUUUUAUUAUUACAUUUAUUUUAAAAGUAAUGUUAAUUAUCUGAUAAGACAUUAGCGUCAUAUUUAAAAAAAAUAUAUAAUGCUUGUUCGUUUAUGUAAUUAAUUAUAAGUUAUAUUUCACUAUGAAUAGCUGCGUACUACUAAGAAAAUAAGUUGAUUUUUACCCGACUUCAGAAACAUACAAUUAUACGA